AUGGAUGAAGGAAAAGCGUUUGUGUCAAAUGGGAAGUUCUGCUUUGUCCUGUGUGGCUGGAGAGUGGGAGCCCUGAUGGCUCUGUGUGUCCUGCAGCAGGCUCGAGGUCAUGUUCAGCUUCUCCCUCCUCAAAAUGUGACCCUGCUGUCCAGGGAUUUUGCCAUGAUUUUGACCUGGGCUCCAGGGGAAGGCUCUCCCCCAGAUGUGACCUACACUGUGAGGUAUGAAAGCCAGGAUCGCCUGGACAAAUGGAGGAAGGUUCCUCACUGCAGGAACAUCCCCAGGUCCUUCUGCAAUCUGACUUGUGCCCUCUCCAACCUCUACGUCAAGGUGCGGGCUCGGGUGAAGGCGGUUUGGGGCCGGUCCCAGUCGCCCUGGGUGAAAUCCCAGUUCAAGGAUUACUACUCAGACGUGGAACUGGCUCCCCCCGUGCUCACCCUGAAGGUCAGCGACAAUUCCAUCCACGUCAGUGCCUCCUUCCCUCUGCCCACCUGUGUGGAGAACCUCACCUGGAAGUAUGACCUGAACCUCUGGGAAGCGGGAUCUGAAGACAAGAAGAAAUACGAGGGUUACUUCAGGAAGGACACGGUGACCAUCAACACCACUGCCCUCAGAGGCAACUACUGCUUCAGUGCCAGGGCUCUCUAUGAAAGCAUCAACUUGAAGCACAGUGAAUUCUCCCAGCCCGUGUGUGUGCUGUUAAACCACAAAGCACAGUGGAAGUUCCCACUUCUGGUUGUGAUCCCUCUGUUUGUCCUCCCCAUCUUUGUGGCCAGUCCCUUCAUCUGCUGCCUGGUGAAGCAGGAGGCCAAGCAAAGGAAGAUGCCUCAGGUUCUGGAUUUCUCUCAAUUUAAAGCUGCUGGACCAACCUUCCACCCGGAGCUUGGUGAAAAGGAAUUCUGCAGUGAUGAUCUGAGCUGCUCAGAGAUGCCAAUGCCUCAAAGGAGGACAAACAGAGCUUCAGGAGGACACCAGCUGCCAUGGAGGGCUUCUUUCCCAUCAUCAUCAUCACUGUCAUCAUCGUGGUCAGAGGAUGAGGAGGAGGAAGGCAGCAGCACUUUGAUCCCAUACCGUGAAAUGCCUCGGUAUCCAAGGAGAGGUCUCAGCUCUCAGCCAGCCCCAGCAGCUCGGGGGGAAAUCCUGGAUCCAGGGUCUGGAGAUCUCUCUGUGGCAUCUGUGCUGGACCUCAGAGCCCUGGGUUUCACCCUCCUUGCAGAGAGGAAGGGUGAGAGGGACACCUCGGGGUCCCAGGCACACGAGGAGCCCUCCCUGUACCUCUGCUCCUCCUCGGACAGGAUCUCCCUCACUGAUGUGACGUUCCCAGGUGCCCCAGAGCAGGGCCAUGGACACGGGCAUGAGAGGCUGGCAAUGAGCCCCCUGCAGCCCCUGCUGGGGGGGAUUGGUGCUGAACCCCACGAGCUGAACCCCAGGAAGGUUCCCCAUUCCUGCAGGGGUUACCAGAAAUCCAUCCCUGACCUGCAGCUGCAGGAGGAUCCCAGCAGGCAGCUGCUCAUCCCCCUGUGGACACUGCAGCUGGCAGAGGAUGAAGGCAUUGCCAGUGACUGUGGCAGUGACAGCUUCACAGAGGGGACCCCUCCCGAGCCCACCGUGCUCAGUGACGCUUUUGGGACUUCAGUUACAGAGGGAAAAUGUGAUCCAAAGCUGCAAUUCCCAGGCUAUGAGCACUCCCAUUACUUGGGAAGGAUCUGA